CACACAUAGGAAACUCAUUCAGUCAUUUUCUCUCCUCCUUCUCUCUGUCAAACUCACAAGGACUCCUCUCCGCACAGACAAUUCCUCUCUCUAUCGCUAGAUUCAUCAUUUCCUUGAUUUAUCUCCCCACUGUUUCUGGGUUUGGGGACAAAAUCGAGAAACAAUUUCUCUGCUUCCAUGGCUAAUGCCACAAAGCAAUUCUCCAUCAAUGGAGGGACUUUCCUUUCAGACCUCAAGAGUCUCUUCUCUCUCUCCAAGCCUAAGAAAACCACUGUGGCUUUUCUUUAUGGGUUCAUGUUUGCCUUCGUUUGUUUCACCAUCUUUUUGGCUUUCAACCCUUCUACUAAUUCCUCUUCUCCUUGGUUCUCCAACAUCUUCAGUACUGAUUUUAGUGCGAAUAGCACAAAACAAUCUGAUUCGGAUGGAUCUCAUUUUUCUUCUGUUCUCUCUCAUUUCUUUCCCAACGACACUUUCGAUCCUCAAGAACCUACAAAUACCUCUUCUGUACCUCUCUCUUAUGUUCCUCCACAGUCCAAUACAACCAGAUCUAGUGUGACCGUACCUCCAUCUUCCACUGCAAAUACAGCACUGUCCACUGUACAAAACAAUACCCAAGUGACGGAUAAAUCAAAUAAAGCUACUGGUUUGCAGAAUCAGACGGCAGUCCCUUCAAGUGUGAAUAAAGAGCCACCCAGUGCAAAUACAACUACGGAAACAACAACAAAGGUUCCUAGUAAAGGUGAUGUUUUGAAUCCAAAUCAAACGGUGGUUGGAGCACCAGAAGAUCCUGUAGCUGGUAAUUCGACUAAUCAAAGUGUGAAUUCUGGAGAUGGAGAGAAAGGAGUAGCAGAGAAGGGCUUGAAAUCGAAUUCCUCUGCUUCGUUACCACAGAAGCAGGUAACGAAGCAGAGAAAUGGAACUGAUUCAGGGGUGUCGGUGGAGAAUGUUGUGCAAUCUCUGACGAAUUGCAAUUUCUUUGAUGGAGAGUGGGUCAUGGACGAUUCUUAUCCUCUGUACAAACCUGGUUCUUGCUCGCUCAUCGAUGAACAGUUCAAUUGUAUCAUUAAUGGCCGGCCGGAUAAGAAUUAUCAGAAGUACAAAUGGAAGCCAAAGGGAUGCACUUUACCAAGGUUCAAUGGGGCUCACAUGCUGGAGCUGUUAAGAGGAAAGCGACUUGUUUUUGUGGGUGAUUCAAUCAAUAGGAAUAUGUGGGAAUCUCUAGUUUGCAUCCUUAGAAACUCAGUGAAGGAUCAAAGCAAGGUUUUUGAAGCUAAUGGAAGACACCAAUUCAGAGGGGAGGCUUCAUACUCUUUCAUGUUCGAAGACUACAACUGUACUGUAGAGUUCUUUGUAUCUCCUUUCUUGGUUCAAGAAUGGGAAAUCAAAGACAAAAAUGGGGCAAAGAAGGAGACGCUUCGGCUUGAUUUAGUAACCAGGUCCUCUGAUCAAUUUAAAGGUGCCGAUAUCAUCAUCUUCAACACUGGCCAUUGGUGGACUCAUGAUAAAACAUCUUUAGGGAAAGAUUAUUACCAAGAAGGUAGCCAUGUAUAUGAAGAAUUGAAUGUUCUCGAGGCAUUUCGAAAGGCGUUGACGACGUGGUCCAGAUGGGUUGAUGCUAAUAUUAAUCCCAUGAAGUCAAUGGUUUUCUUUAGGGGUUACUCUGCUGCCCAUUUCAGCGGUGGACAGUGGAAUUCUGGUGGUUCUUGCGACCAUGAGACCGAGCCAAUCAAGAAUGAAAAAUAUCUAAACCCUUAUCCGGCCAAGAUGCUGGUAUUGGAGAAGGUGCUUAAAUAUAUGAAAACACGAGUCAUCUACCAAAACAUUACACGAAUGACGGAUUUCCGAAAGGAUGGUCAUCCGUCAAUGUAUCGGAAGCACAACCUGUCGGAGGUGGAAAGGAUUUCGCCAAUGCAUUACCAGGACUGCAGCCAUUGGUGUCUUCCUGGUGUGCCUGAUGUGUGGAAUGAGAUUCUUUACGCUGAGCUCCUAGUAAGAGUAAACCAGAAGGGACAACGACGGAGAUAAAGAACGAGGCCUCAGUCAUAUUUAAUAGUGCUUUGCAUUAAAAUCAUAGGUACACCCAGUACAGUUUUUUGUUUCAAUUUUGAGAAUCCAUGAACAGACAAACAUGAAGACCAUCCAAGAAAGAAAGAUCCUCCCUCCUAGACAAAGUCAUAUGAAAAGAGAUGGGUAUUAUUUGAUUACUCAAUCUGUGAGUAGUAUAUCUAUUGGUUUUAUGUGUACAAGAAAGGAUAGGAGUCUCUUCUUUGCUUCAUAUAUAUAUAUAUAUUCUUUUACCCUCAAAACAACCAUUUGGGGCUUAUAUUAUUUUCUUGAAUAAAAAUAUAGUCAAUUGUGGUUA